AUGAGGCAUCCUCGUAAAAAGAAAAACGUAGGUAAUCAAAAAUUUGAUAAAUACCUAAUAAUCAACAAUAUAAUGAUAACGGCAUUAGAAAAAAACGAUUUUUCGUCUCACGAGCAUCUUCAUUGAGUACCGCGAGUUUCUACUGUGCUGUUUACAUUUGCCGGGCUCUACUGUCGUAGUGUCGAACUCGACUCGUCUGUCUGUCCUGUUAGGUUACCACAGUGCCACCGUCUUGUGACUUGUAGUGUGUUGCUCACGUCGGACGUGUUAAUAGUGUCUUCGUCAGAAACAUGUUGUCAGUUGCCAGUUCAUUCGAAACCAUCCACAAGGGACAAAUUCUUUCAACAGAUAUUGAUUAUUACAAUAAAUAUGUUUGUACUAGUUCUACGGAUGGCGUUAUUCAAAUUAUCGAUAGUGACAAAUCAGACUUGUAUGCACCGGUGAUACAAUUACAAGAACAUGUUGGUCCUGUAUGGCAAGUAAGGUUUUCACAUCCAAAAUUUGGAUUUUUAGCUUCCUGUGGAUCAGAUUGUCAAUUAAUUAUACGUAAAACUAAUGACAAGGGUGAGUGGAAGGUUGUCUAUCAAUAUGAUGGACACAAAUCAUCAACGACUUCUAUAGAUUGGGCACCGUAUAAAUCUGGAGCAAUCAUAGCUUGUUCAAGUGUUGAUGGUACUAUUUCAAUUCAUGCACUAAAUAAUAAUGAUUGGUGUGUAUCAAAGAUCCCUAAUGCUCAUGUAAAUGGUGUUAACUGCAUCAGUUGGUCAAAUGAAUUAUUCAAUAAUAAUUUGCUGUUAGUUAGCGGAGGAAAUGAUAAUAAGAUCAAAAUAUGGCAAGGUCAAAUAGGUAUGUGGAACGUUAAGUAUGAAUCAGACAAUCAACUAUCUACUAUCAAAGACAUAAGUUGGAGUCCAACUCCUGGUCUGUACAAACAUGUAUUUGCUAGCUGUGCCUCGAAUGGUAGAGUAUUUGUAUGGGGAAGUGAUGAUUGUUUUGAUUGGGCACAAACAGAAAUUGACCCCGAUAACAUGCAAAAACAAAAAAUUAGUUUUUCUCGUUUUGGAACUGUGUUAUCUGUUACAAUGAACAGUUAUGCUGUACAACUUUGGAAACAGAUUGAUAAACAAACUUGGAUGUGUAUGGAUAAUAGUAUUGCAAACAGAAAAACUUUGGAUCGUCAAAACAAAAAUGUUAAUCAAGAUAUAUUUGCUUCUAUUGCUUAAUGGAUAGUAUUUUCAAUACAUUAAUUUUUAUUUGAAAAUUAAUGCAAUUUCAACAUGAUUUCUGACUGAAUUGACUAUGACUGCUGUUUUUAUAUAGUUAAAAAAAAUUGUAAUUUUAUGUUGAGUAAGAAAAUAAUAUUUUGAAUAAAUAUGUAUAGGUAUUUUAUAAGUUUAUUAAUUAAAAUACAAUGAUUGUUUUUGAUACAACUUGUUUAUUUUCAUUACAAUAAAUAUUAUAAUUAAUAUACAAUAUAAUAUAAUAUAAUGAAUAUUGAAAUACAACUCUUAAAAGUAUAAUUUUUUUAAUUAAAUUUAUCAUAUUAAUUUACAUGUUUUUAUAUUGAAAUUAAAAUAAUACUCAUGUUUAUAUAACUAAUAAUUUUUAUAAUAUAUGUCGUAAUCAGUCAAUAUUAAGAUAUUUAACUUAUUUUGAAUGUUUAAACUUGUUUUUAUAAAUAAAACAAGAUUUUAAAUUCUAGUACCUACCGAGUUUCAUAAUUAAUAAUCACUGAAUCAAUAGUACUUAUGGUCCCUUAAAUAUAAUUUAAUAGCCUAUUGUUGGUUUAUUAAAUUUUUGUGAAUCAUUUAAUGAUUUAAGUAAAUCAGUUUAGUAUACAAUCCAGCGUAAUCGUGAUAAACAACAUGGUAUGAUUGUAAAGAUCCAGAUUUAAUUCAAGUCCACGCAACAGCACGUCACUUGAUAACUCAUAUUAUUACCGUAUGCGGGUAUGCCACACUACGUAACGUGCCUACCAAAGGAUACUACAUAAACAACCGUAAAAAAAUUCCUAUCAUACUUUGUUAUUUAUAGCAUGAGCUUAAGUGUAGUAAGCAAUCUGUAAAUAAAACUAUUAUCAAUUGCACACUCUGGUAUAAUAUUAUGUUUGAGACUGAAAAGAAGUCGCCUGCUUCAAUUAAAUAAUAAUUUCCUAGUCAUGUGCUAUUGAAUUUUUAGGAAAAAUUUAGUCUAGUAUACAUAUUAUUGCUAAUUAAUAAUUUAUUAUAUUACUGCAUUUAAAAAUGUAUCACAUGUUUGAUACAAAUUUAACAAAUUGACUUAUUGCGCAUUAAACUUUUGGUUUUUAACAUACUGGCUACUGGAAUUUAGUAUGGAACAUCAAGAAAAGAAUAUACUACUAGGUAGUAUAGUAGUAUUAUAUUUUAUAGAACAUGCUAUGAGCCCAGGGUUGGACUAGGCCACCGGGGCAUGGCCCAGUGGGCUGCAGGCCGCUGUAAUUUUAGUUAAAUAAGACUACUUAAAUUUUUUUCCUUUUUAAUUUAAUACAUCUAUUUUCUAUUAUUAAAAUAAAAUAAAAAAUAUCGCACUGUAACGUGAUGUCACUAAUGGUAUGCGGUGACAUGGAAUUAGAUAACUAGUAGUUUGAAGAUUGAACAUAUUUAAUGUAAUAUUUAAUAAUAUUUACAGUUAUAAUGUUUUAUUUAAGUAUAGACUAUAUGUUUCAGCAUAUAAUAAUUUAUUUAUUGCAUAUACUAACAUUGUCUUAUACUCAAAUUGGACGGGAAAGAAGUUUUCAACUUAAACAUUUAUAAAAACUCGAUUAAGAAAUCGUUAGUUGAUGGAUAAUUUGGAUACUUGGAUGCUGAUGAAUUUAAACAUAUUUUAAUGUAUCUCUGUCAUUUGAAGACAUAACUAAUGAAGUUGUUCAACUAAGUUCAGUAUUAAAAAGUAUAUUAGUAGUAUAAAAUUAAUAAAUACACUUACAUUUUUUAAAAAUAUAUUUAUAUAUGUAUAAAGAAGCCAAGUACUAGAUAAAAAUGAAUUUAUGUUAUCUUUUGGAAAGUUAAGUUAAAUUUUUUUUUUGUGUAUUAAGAUAUUAAUUAUUACAUUUUUUUUAAUCAAAAUAAAAUAAAUAGGUCAUUAACUUACUAAAUAUUAUAUUAUGCGUAAAUUUGAUUUAUUCAAGGUAGGUAUAACAUUAAAUCUGAAAAUAUUCAAAUGUACCCAUGUAUAUAUUGUUUAUUGAGUUAUGAAGAUACAUUUUCAGUUAACAAACAUUUGAUUAGGAGGUACUUACUUAAAUAAAGUUUCAUUGAGGCCUUUCAAAAUUAUUUUGCUCGGGUCGUGCUAUAGACCUAGUUCAACCCUGUAUGAGCCUAUGUUCCAUAGUUUUGCACUCAGAAUACUUGAACACUUAUAUUAAUGACUAAUAACUAUAUCUACAUAUUAUGUCCACUGUCCAGUUAAGUAUCAUAUUAUAUUUGUUAUUACAAUACAAGAUUCUCAAGGAAGAAAUUGGAAUGUAACCGAUACGUAUCGGUUUAAUAUUGAGAGGUCAAGAAUUCAAAUAUGCGGUAUACAAGCAAACCGUAGAGAUCUGUAAUGGUCUAUGACAGAUAAUUACAAUAAUAAACAAACAAAUUUCAAUGUCAAAAACUGGUUUUGUAAAAAUAUUUUUAUUUUUUGUUGUUUUUUUUUAUUUUCUCGAUUAUCUUGUAAAGUAGGUUGGUAAAAUGUCUACUUCCAAAGUUAAAACUAGAUUCUAUUUACUACCAGAAAUAUCUCCCUUGAAAAUCUGAGAAUUUUUCCUUCUAUAAAAAGUGUUGUUAGACAUCUUAGUACAUUAUUUUUGUGUCUAUUAGGAAAAAAUAGUUACAAUACAGAAAAAAAUCAAAGUACCUACAUGUUACAUGUAAGUCAACAAUGAACGUAUUUAUUUUUAUCCUCUUAAUAUUAAAUAAUAUUAUGUGAUGUAAAAUUGUGCAUGUGUUAAUUUUUUACAACAAUACAGUGAUACACUGGUACCUAUUUAUUUGGAAAACUUUUUUUAUUUAUCAAUUUAUCCCUAUUACAGUUAUAAUUAUUUUUAAUAUUUUACACUAUAAAUACUGCAGUAUAUAUAUACUAACCUAUAUGGAUAUUAGUAUAUUAUGUAGGAGAAUUGAAGUUGGUAAAUGGUAAUAUUAUGUAUAGGUACUUGCAGCUUUUAAGUUUAAAUAUUAUAAGGAGCAUAAGAACUAGGGGCUUCCAUACUGAACAACACUUU